AUGUCUAAUUCUAGUAUAAUGAGCAUACGGGAAUUAAUAGACACUGCUUUUGGAGACUUUGAUGAAAAUGUAGUAAAUUUUAAGCUUAUACAGACUGUACUUCUUAUACUUGCAAAGCAAUUACGACUUUUACAACGUCGUGUUGAAGUUAACAUUGACCCUAGCACUAUGAUUCGUACAACAUCCAACAUAUCAAUAACCGAGGUAAAACUAAAUGCAACUGUUCCCAAACGAAGGAAAAAAUAUAUUGAGACUGACAAAGAAAUAAUUACCAAAAAACCUGUAGCAGCUGAUAGUACAAAAUCAUCUGGACCUGUUUCUUUAAAAUCGACAACAGACAAAUCGUCUGAAAAAACAACAUCUAAAUCUUCUACAGAUAAGUCAUCAUCAAUAAAAUCCUCCAACCGUGAAAGCAGCAGAGACAAGUUUGGCUCUCAAGCGUAUCAUCACCUCUUGGAAGUAAUAGAACAACAACGAGAACGCGAGUUAAGAAUCGUUAAUCAGAGAGCGAAUUCUCGGGAAGAAGCAGAGAAAUCUCCAACGCCUAUGGCUUCUUUAGAUUCUAUGGAAGUACAGUAUGAAAAACUUUUAAUUGUGGAACGAGCGCCGACAGAUACUAUUGAUGCAAAGACUGAACAUCCCUAUGACACAAAAGGACUAUCUAUUGUGACUCAAGAUCAAUUUGAUAAAUUGGCAAUGAUAGUUAAAGAACUGCAGGAAAAAUUUCAACCAAUUGGUAAACCAGAUUUUCCUGAUAAUAUGCAACUUAUGCAUGAUCUCCGAAAAGGCGCCUCUUUAACUGAUGCUAUGGCUGCCUUACAAUUAUCUGCUCGCCUGGAUUCUGCAGAGAAAACUUUGGAACAAAUGAUGUCAUUAAUGACUGAACUCGCGAAACAAAAAGGCAUUGACUUAUCGACAUUGCAAGGCAAAGAUAUGGAAUCACAUGAAACAAAAGUCAUCUUUGACACCCCAAGUGAUUCACAAGAUGCUCAUGGGCGGAGGUCAACCUCGCGUAAGCAAUCUCCAAAGAGUACGAAAAAGUCAACUUCACUAAAAAGUAAAGGUACAGGAAAAAUACAUUACGAAGCAGCUGCAGACUUAACUGAAGUCUUGGAAAUCGAUGAUUUAUCAAAAACACAACCGGACCGUAUUACAGUUAUUGAAUUAGAUGAAGCAAUGCAAGAACUUUAUGACAGCCUUCUUAAAGCUGUAACAGGUACAACUGGCAAAGCGGCAGCGAACGCUGAAGAUGCUUUAAACUUAGCUCAUAAAUUAGAAGAGAGGCUGAAUAAUGCUUUAAGUUUGACUAACCGUAUGGAAGAUUUAGAAAUAUUAGUUUCUGAAUACGCCCAGCAAAUAAAUAUAUUGGAUACUGGGCUUUCUUCACAGGCA